CUUGAACAAAAAGAACUUCAAGCAACUAGAUUCCAGCACAAGGACCUGACAUCAGAAAGCAGUUGAGAAGUUAUUGAAGAAAAUAAUGUCUGGAAACACCCCAAUGUUGGUGAAAGAUGGGAAUCCACAGACAUUCUCAGAGCCCUCUGGUCAACUCUCGAGAAAUGUUCCCCAGGGAAGACUGCCUGCUAGAUCAGGACGUUUGAAAGACCCAAAGAGAGCAAGCGCUCGGAAAAUGGGCAUCAGCGUUGACCAGGAGACGGACUAUGCCGAACUGGUUCUGUCUGUAGGAGAAAUCACACUGGGAGAGGAGAUUAGGAAGACAAUGAAAGAUCCACAGCUGAGAAGGAGAGAGGCCCACAGCAUCUCACAGGCUGUGUGCACUCUGCUGAAUUCUGGAGGGGGCGUGGUCAAGGCUCACAUUAAGAAUUCAGAUUACAGCUUCAAAAGAGAUGGAAUAGGACUGGAUUUGGAAAAUUCUUUUCUUAAAAUUGUUCUAUUUCCUCCUAAAUACCGAGACUACAUGCAGAACAAAGGGGAAUUUUUAAUUUUUGUGAAACAGUGGAUCCAGGAUAUCUCUGGUCAACGUGUCCUCACCUUGAAAACCAAUUUCUAUAUGAGAAAUUUGUCAACUUCAUAUGAACUGAAAGGUCCUGAUGCAGUGAAGUUCCUCAAAGACAAGAAGGACUCUGAAGGGAGAUCACGUUCAAGAGAGAGCUUGCCUGCAUCAUGUGACUCUGAUGAAUGCCUUGCCACGUUUUUUAACAGAGAAAAGUUGACCCUGGAGGAGACAUUCCAUUUCACUGAAUCCAAUCAUGCAGAAGUUAAAAGGUCCCCUAAAAAAAAGAUUGAAAAAAUGAUUUUAGAGAUUCUCCCUAAAACUGUGUCUGCAUUCGCAAACACUGACGGGGGAUAUUUGUUCAUUGGUUUAGAUGGGGAAAACCAGAAAAUAAUUGGUUUUGAAACAGAGAAGAGCAAUCUUGAGAAUCUAGAGAGUGAAAUAGAGAAGUGCAUCCGACAGCUGCCUGUUGGUCACUUCUGUAAGGAGAAGCAGGAGAAGAUAAAGUACACAUGCAAAUUCAUCCCAGUUCUCAGACAGGGAGCCGUGUGCUCAUAUGUGUGUGCACUCAGAGUGGAGAGAUUCUGCUGUGCUGUGUUCGCUGAAGAGCCCGAAUCCUGGCGCGUGGAAGACAGCUGUGUGAAGAGAUUUACCUCAGAGGAAUGGGUCAAGCUCCAGAUGGAAGACAAACCAGAAGAUGAACAGACCCUUCAAUCAAGCAGCCCACCACCGCGUCUCUGUAGCUGGUUUGCUACUGACAUUCCAGAAGCCCAGCAACAGAGUGCCCGCCUUGCAGUGCUGGCUAGAAAGGUGCCAUGCUCUCCAGAAGACCUCCGCAUGGAGCUGUGCUCAGAACAUGAACGAUAUAAGCAGUUCCUUCAGACAGAGCUGGGCUCACUUCGUCAAGGAACGCUGAUCAUCUCUGAGAGCUUGGCGUUAAGUCUGGGCUUACAGAAGAAGCAGGAAGUCAUCUUGGAUGUGCUUCAUAUUUCCCAGGACAGUCUCCUGACCCUGCACAGCUUUGUCCGGGGAGAGGAGGAGCUGGAAGGCGACAGCUCCGUUCUGAGGGACCUGGGCACUAAGUUAAAGAACGAUUGUAAACAAACUGCACUGACUUUAAAGCAGAAGCUGGUAAAUCUUGGCGGUUACACUGGGAAAAUAGGUGUUGCGAUAAAGAUAACGUACUUGGGUCAUAGGGCAGUGUCUCUAUAUGAUUCAAGCUCGAUAAUAAAUUACCCCAGAGAGUAUUAUCUGACAACCAAGACAGUAAGGGACUUAGAGAAAGCUCUUGUUAAAGUCUUAGGGAUAGUGGACUGAUGUAAAACUGUAGUGAGUGACCAGUUUACCUCUGUAAUUGUAAACACAUAGAAUAAGAUACUUUACUUUUCGAGGAUUGUCCUAACUCAUGUUUGAGACUG